GGUGAUAGGACCAUUGAAGUGUCAAAGUUGAACGGCGAUUAUUGGAAAGUAGUAGUUUCUGAGUUGGCUUCCUCUCCAGUAGACAUUACUUUGGAUACAACUAAAGGGUUCAUGUAUUGGUCAGCUGAAGGAGUCAUUGAACGAGCGGAACUGGAUGGGUCAAAUCGACGUAAAGUUACUGAACUGGGAGUGACUUGGUAUGGGGCCACUAUUGAUGCGAAAGGCCUAACGCUGGAUGUUGACAACAAUCGACUCUAUUUUGUGAGCUACCAUCUGUAUUCUCUUCUUUACAUUGAUCUGAGUUCGACUCAACUCCGCCUCCGCCCAGUUCAUACUCUAAUUCAGCAGUUCUGGUAUUUCUAUGGCCCAUUUGGAAUUGCUGUGGAUGACCAGUAUGUUUACUGGACUGAAUAUAUAGUUUAUGGAUAUGUCUUUCGGAGAAGUAAGAACUUACAUGAUGAUGAUGUUGAGGUUGUAAUUAGCGGGACUUACGAACCCAAAGGAAUUGCAGUUAAAAAAGGCAACUUUACCCAAGACAAUCACUCAUGUGCUGACAGUUGCAGUCACCUUUGUCUGUUGAAACCUGGUGGUUACAAGUGUGCAUGCUCAGUGAAUGAGUCUGCCAUGCCAUGCAAUGAGAGCACUCAUGUUACCAUAUUUGGUUGUACAGAAGAUCCCAGUCUAUAUUUUAUUGAUGACCAUCACAUCAAAUGCAUUGAGCUGACAGCCUCCAACCAAACCUAUGUCAGUGUGAAGACCUUGAAGUCAGAUCUUGUCCAGGGUGGUGCAAUCGACGUACACUAUUGGGGGAGGAUGAUAUACUGGAGUGACAUUGCCCUGUGGACUAUAAAUAGAAUGAAUUUAGUUACUGGUGAAACUGAGGUGAUCAUAAGAGACGACCUGGGGGAAAUUUAUGGACUGGCCGUUGAAUGGGAAAGUGAGAAGAUUUACUUCACUGAUUUCAUCUUUGAGAGAAUUGAGGUAGCAAACCUUGAUGGCUCGUUCAGAAAAACAUUGAUUACAAGAGAUUUGUACAGCCCCCGUGGGAUUGCUGUUGAUCCAAAGAGUGGGUACAUGUUCUGGACAGACAUUGGCUUUGAUUCUCCAAGAAUAGAACGAGCAGAUUUAACUGGUGAAAAUCGCAGGAGCUUAGUUUCCUUUGGAGUUGACUGGUAUUACGCAUGGUUCCCCAUGAGUGUGGUUGUGGACUAUGAUCAUGAUCCUAAUCGCAUUAUCUGGAUGGAUAGAUACGACAAUUACAUUGAUUACGCAGACUUCGAGGGGAAUAAGAAAGAGCUGGGAUAUAUUAGUCAAAAUAUACGUCCAGCAGAUCUAGCAUUGUAUGGUGAUAUUCUUUACUGGGCAGACGAGAACAGUCGUAGCAUUGAGUGGUUUAACAUGACGCAGCCAAUUAACUUGCAUUACAACUAUGGUCAUCUCACAAAUGGUUACCUUGCGGGUAUUGUGGUAUCUGACAAGUCGAGACAACCAUUUGCUGUGAAUCAUCCACCGUGUCGCAUUAACAAUGGCGGAUGCAGCCAUCUCUGCUUAUUGGCUCCUGGUGGAGGAAGCAAGUGUGCAUGUCCAAAUGGUGUGGAAUUAUUACCUGGAAAUAAGACUUGCAGUAACGUGACCCAGCCAGGACCACCACCACUUCCUGUACCAGAUCUCAAAUUACGUCUUAGUGGAUCAAAUUCAUCGCAUGAGGGUCGUGUUGAAGUCUAUUAUGACAACAAAUGGGGAACCAUUUGUGAUGAUCACUGGGGCUUGAGGGAGGCUACAGUUGUCUGUAAGAUGCUGAACUUUUCUGGGGCCUUCCAUGUGGGUUACUUUGGUGCAGGAAACAAAUCCUUUCCCAUUUGGAUGGAUAAUGUCAAGUGUCGCGGUGAUGAGCAAAGCAUUGCUGCUUGUCGUCACAGAGGCUGGGAAGAACAUGAUUGUUCCCAUGCAGAAGAUGCAGGCGUUGUGUGCAGAAAUGACUCUAUUCCACCAACUGAAGGCCCAACUUUAGCACCAGGACCACAUCCAGAGUUACAGGUUCGUUUGCGGUCUGGAACAACGUCGAACCAGGGACGAGUAGAACUGUUUCUUAAUGGCACAUGGGGAACAAUUUGUGAUGACUACUGGGGCAUUGAGGAAGCAAAUGUGAUUUGUCACAUGCUGGGGUAUUCAGAGGGAGCUUGGAGUACACAUUGCUGUGGUUGGUAUGAGGGAUUCACUGCACCACAGCAAAUUUGGCUGGAUAAUGUCCAUUGUGUUGGUGAUGAAACAAGUAUCGCAGAGUGCCGUCAUGGAGGGUGGGGAAGUCACAACUGUGGGCACAGUGAAGAUGUGGGAGUGGUCUGCAAGUAUACACCAGAAACGCUACCAGGUAAAAAACUGAGACUGGCUGAUGGAGUAAGAAAAGCUGAAGGAAGAGUAGAGAUAUUUCAUGAUGGCUACUGGGGUACUAUUUGUGACGAUUAUUGGGAUAUCAAAGAUGCACAAGUCGUUUGUAGGGAACUCGGGUAUCACGAUGCCGUUGCUGCUCCCAAGCGUGCACUUUUUGGUGAAGGAAAUGGUCACAUAUGGCUGAGUAAUAUUCACUGCUUGGGCAAUGAGAGUUCGAUUGAAGAUUGUGAACAUGCAGAAUGGAAUGCUAACAGCUACUGUUAUCACUUUGAAGAUGCAUCAGUCAUCUGCUCCAAUGAGACUGGAAGUUUAGACGCUGGUGAUUUCGUGAUAUUUUGUGAAUCUGGUCGAACACUGUGCCACUUCAUCCCUCUCCCCCAUGAUUCUCCAGCAAAGGUAAUCCCACUGAAGGUUGCAUUUGAGUAUGCUCCAGCAGCGAUAUCCUACGAUCCAAAAGAGAAACAAAUAUACUGGACUGAUGAUUAUGGAAACAUCUAUCGAUCUUUCUUAAUUAAUGGAUCACAAGAAGCUGUAGUAAGAGGCGUGAGUUCUCCAAUGGGUAUUGAAGUAGAUGUUAUUGGAAGGAAUGUCUACUUCGCUGACAGUUAUGACAAUAACAUCAGAGUUGCCUCACUUAAUGGCAGUUAUCAGGCUAUCCUUGUUGAUGUGCAGAAUCCUCAAAGCAUUGCUCUGGACAGUGUUGAUGGGCACAUGUAUUAUUCAUCACUUGGAGAUAGUCUUCAAAUAUACCGAGCAGACAUGGACGGCAAAAACCAAAUGCUCCUAGCAAAUUUGUCAUUUGUUGGAGAUGAUACAUUUGUUGACAUGGUUCUUGAUAAGCUCAACAACCGUCUAUUCUUUUCCGACCAAAGCCAUGAUGUGAUACGGUAUAUUAAUCUGGCCAAUAUGGAGAUUCGCACUAUCCUCUCUGGAAACCUUCACAAACCAACAAGUCUUGCCAUAUUGAAUGACACUCUUUAUUGGACUGCUGGGGGUGAUGGCACGUUUUCAGGGGCCAUCUUUAAAGCAAACUUAACGGCUAACAGCGCUACAGUACAAACAAUGGCUGAUGGUUUUGGGACACCAAAAGGGAUAUACGCAUACAAUUCUAUGGCAGCUGAAACAACAGUGCAAUCUCCGUGUCAGGAUAAUGGUGGAUGUUCCCAGUUCUGCGUCUUGAAUCCCAAUGGUCGAACUUGCAUAUGUGGAGCUGGAAUGAAACUUGCCAAAGAUGGAAUAAGCUGCACUGUUGGUGAUGUGAUAUUUGUUACUGACUCCUAUCACAAUGAAGUAUAUUUCUCACAACUGUCGGAAAGCAUUCUUGUUCCCCUGUCAUUUUCAAAUAUCGAAAGUCCAACUGGCAUAGCCUUUGAUCCAUUUGAAGAUCGCGUUUAUUGGACUGAUUCCAAACUUGGUAUUGUUUACCGGUCCACAUUUGAUGGCAAGAACCAGGAGAUCAUUCGUUCCAAUGUUACAGAACCCGUGGGCCUCGAUUUAGAUCUUGUGGCAGGAAAUGUAUACUGGAUAAACAGUGGUGAUAGGACCAUUGAAGUGUCAAAGUUGAACGGCGAUUAUUGGAAAGUAGUAGUUUCUGAUUUGGCUUCAUCUCCAGUGGACAUUACUUUGGAUACAACUAAAGGGUUCAUGUAUUGGUCAGCUGCAGGAGUUAUCGAACGAGCGGAACUGGAUGGGUCAAAUCGACGUGUAAUUGCUGAACUGGGAGUGACUUGGUACGGGGCCACUGUUGAUGCCAAAGGCCUAACGCUGGAUGUCGACACCAAUCGACUCUACUUCGUGAGCUACUAUUUGUAUUCUCUUCUUUACAUUGAUCUGAGUUCGACUCAACUCAAUCUACGCCGAGUCGAGACCCUAAUUCAGCAGUUCUGGUAUUUCUAUGGCCCAUUUGGAAUUGCUGUGGAUGACCAGUAUAUUUACUGGACUGAAUAUAUAGUUUUUGGAUAUGUCUUUCGGACAAGUAAAACCGUACAUGAUGAUAAUGUGGAGGUUGUAGUUCACGGAACUUACCAUCCCCAAGGAAUUGCAGUUAAAAAAGGCAACUUUACGCAAGACAAUCACUCAUGUGCAGACAGUUGCAGUCACCUUUGUCUCUUAAAACCUGGUGGUUACAAGUGUGUGUGCUCAGUGAACGAGUCUGCCAUACCAUGCAAUGAGAGCACUCAUGUUGCCAAUGUAUUUGGUUGUACGGAAGAUCCCAGUCUUUAUUUUAUUGACGAACAUUACAUCAAAUGCAUUGACCUAACAGCCUCUAACCAAACUUACGUCAGUGUACAGACCGUGAAGUCAGGUCUUGUCCAGGGUGGUGCAGUCGAUAUACACCAUCAAGGAAGGAUGAUAUAUUGGAGUGACAACGCCCUGUGGACUAUAAAUAGAAUGAGUUUAGUUACUGGUGAAAGUGAGGUGAUCAUAAGAGACGACCUGGGGGAAAUUUAUGGACUGGCCGUUGAAUGGGAAAGUGAGAAGAUUUACUUCGCUGAUUUCAUCUUUGAGAGAAUUGAAGUGGCAAACCUUGAUGGCACACUCAGAAAGACAUUGAUUACAAAAGAUUUGUACAGCCCCCGUGGGAUCGCUGUUGAUUCAAAGAGCGGGUACAUGUUCUGGACAGACAUUGGCUUUGAUUCUCCAAGAAUAGAGCGAGCAGAUUUAACUGGUGAAAAUCGCAGGAGCUUAGUUUCCUUUGGAGUUGACUGGUAUUACGCAUGGUUCCCCAUGAGUGUGGUCGUUGACUAUAAUCAUGAUCCUGAUCGCAUUAUCUGGAUGGAUAGAUACGACAAUUACAUUGAUUACGCAGACUUAGAUGGAACUAACAAGGACAGUUUGGCUCAUAUUACACAAAAUAUGCGUCCAGUUGAUCUAGCUUUGUAUGGUGAUGUUUUAUACUGGGCAGACAGGAACAGUCGCAGUAUUCAGUGGUUUAACACGACACAGCCCACAGGCCUACAUUUUAACUAUGGUCAUCUUACAGAUGGUCAACUUGCGGGUGUUGUGGUAUCUGAUGAAUCGAGACAACCAGUUGCUUCACCGCUGAACAGACCUCUUUGUCGUAUAAACAACGGUGGGUGCAGCCAUCUCUGCUUAUUGGCUCCUGGUGGAGGAAGCAAGUGCGCAUGUCCAAAUGGAGUUGAAUUAUUGCCUGGAAAUAAGACUUGCAGUAACGUGACCAAGCCACAACCGCCACCAACACCUGUACCAGAUCUUGAAGUACGUCUUACUGGGUCAAGCUUCUCGCAUGAGGGUCUUGUUGAAGUAUAUUAUAACAACAAAUGGGGAACAGUCUGUCUUGAUCACUGGGGCUUGAAGGAGGCUGACGUUGUUUGUAAGAUGCUCAACUUUUCUGGAGCCUUCGAUGUGGGUUACUUUGGUGCAGGAAACGAAUCCUUUCCCAUUUGGAUGGAUAAUGUCAAGUGUCGCGGUGAUGAGCAAAGCAUUGCUGCUUGUCGUCACAGAGGCUGGGGAAAACAUGACUGUGACCAUGAUCUUGACGCAGGAGUUGUGUGCAGAAAUGACUCUAUUCCACCAACUGCAGGCCCAACUCUGGCACCAGGACCCCACCCAGAGUUAAAGGUUCGUUUACAGUCUGGAAUGACGUCGAAUCAGGGAAGAGUAGAGCUACUUCUUAAUGGCACAUGGGGAACGAUUUGUGACGACAACUGGGGCAUCGAGGAAGCAAAUGUGAUUUGUCGCAUGCUGGGGUAUUCAGAGGGAGCUUGGAGUACGCAUUGCUGUGGCUGGUAUGAGGGAUUCACUGCACCACAGCAAAUUUGGCUGGAUAAUGUCCAUUGUGUCGGUGAUGAAACAAGUAUCGCAGAGUGUAGUCAUGGAGGGUGGGGAAGUCACAACUGCAGGCACAGCGAAGAUGUGGGAGUGGUUUGUAAGUUUACACCGGAAACAACUUCAGGUCAAAAAUUGAGACUGGCUGAUGGAGUAAGAAAAGGUGAAGGAAGAGUAGAGAUAUUUCAUGAUGGCUACUGGGGUACUGUUUGUGACGAUUAUUGGGAUAUCAAGGAUGCGCAAGUGGUAUGUAGGGAACUCGGGUAUCCUGAAGCCAUUGCUGCUCCUAAGGAAGCACUUUUUGGUGAAGGAAAUGGUCACAUAUGGCUAAGUGAUGUUCACUGCCUUGGUAACGAAAGUUCGAUUGAAGAUUGUGAGCAUGCAGACUGGAAUGCUAACAGCUACUGUUAUCACUUUGAAGAUGCAUCGGUCAUCUGCUCCAAUUACACGGGAAGUUUUGAUGCUGACAAUUUUGUGAUAUUUUGUGAAUCUGGUCGAACACUGUGCCACUUCAUGCCUCUCCCCCAUGAUUCUCCAGCAAAGGUAAUCCCACUGAAGGUUGCAUUUGAGUAUGCUCCAGCAGCGAUAUCCUACGAUCCAAAAGAGAAACAGAUUUACUGGACUGAUGAUUAUGGAAACAUCUAUCGAUCUUUCUUAAUUAAUGGAUCAGAAGAAGCUGUGGUAAGGGGCGUGAGUUCUCCAAUGGGUAUUGAAGUAGAUGUUAUUGGAAGGAACGUCUACUUCGCUGACAGUUAUGACAAUAACAUCAGAGUUGCCUCUCUUGACGGCCGUUAUCAAGCUAUCCUUGUCGACGUGCAGAAUCCUCAAAGCAUUGCUUUGGACAGUGUUGAUGGGUACAUGUAUUAUUCAUCGCUUGGGGAUAGUCUUCAAAUACACAGAGCAGAUAUGGACGGCAAAAACCAAAUGCUCCUGGCAAAUUUGUCAUUCGUUGGAGAUGAUACAUUGGUUGACGUGGUUCUUGAUAAGCUCAACAACCGUCUAUUCUUUUCCGACCAAACCAAUGAUGUGAUACGGUAUAUUAAUCUGGCCAAUAUGGAGAUUCGCACUAUCCUUUCUGGAAACCUUCACAAACCAACAAGUCUAGCGCUGCUUAAAGACACUCUUUAUUGGACUGCUGAGGGUGAUGGCACGUUUUCAGGAGCCGUCUUUAAAGCAAACGUAACGGCUAACCCCGUUACAGCACAAACAGUGGCUGAUAGUUUUGGGAAACCAAAAGGAAUAUAUGUGUAUUCCAUGGAAACUGAUAUACCAGUGCAAUCUGCUUGCCAGGAUAAUGGAGCAUGUUCCCAGCUCUGCAUCUUAAAACCCAAUGGUCGGACUUGCAGAUGUGAAGCUGGCAUGAGCGUUGCAGAAGAUGGAACAUCUUGUAUUGUUGACGAUGUGAUAUUUGUUGCGGAUGCUAAUCACGAUGAAAUAUAUUUGUCACCACUAUCGGGAAAUAUUCUCUCUCCCCUCCCAUUUUCCAAUAUUGAGAGUCCAAUGAAUGUAGCGUUUGAUCCAUUCGAAGAACGUGUGUAUUGGACUGAUUACACACUUGGUACUGUUUACCGGUCUACAACGGACGGUAUGAACCAGGCGAUCAUUCGUUCCAAUGUCACAGCACCCCGGGGCAUCGAUUUAGAUCUUGUGGCGGGAAAUGUAUACUGGAUAAACAGUGGUGAUAGGACCAUCGAAGUUUCAGACUUGAGUGGCGAAUAUUGGAAAGUACUAGUUUACAAUUUGUCUUCAGCUCCAGUAGACAUUGCUUUGGAUACAACUAAAGGGGUUAUGUACUGGUCGGCCGAAGGGGUUAUUGAACGUGCACUACUGGAUGGGUCAAACCGAAGUAUAAUUGCAGAGUUGGGAGUGACUUUCUAUGGGGACACUAUUGAUGCCAGAGGCCUUACACUGGAUGUGCCAAUGAAUCGAAUCUAUUUUGUGAGCUUUCACGAAUAUUCUCUACUUUACAUCGAUCUUGGUUCUGCAAAUUACGUUGUCCAGACACUGAUUAAGAGUUUCUGGUAUUUCUAUUUACCCUAUGGAAUUGCUGUCGAUGAUGAGUACGUGUACUGGACUGAACAUUUUGCAUAUGGAUAUGUCUUCCGAUUGAAUAAGACUGCAAAUGAUGACUUUGUUGAGGCUUUAAUUCAAGGGACAUAUGACCCCAGAGGAAUUGCAGUUAAAAAGGGCAAAUUUACGCGAGACACUGUACAUCCCUGUAUGAGUGGCACCAGUGGCUGCACUCAUCUUUGUCUGAAAGUUCCAUCUGGAUAUAAAUGUGAUUGUCCAACGGUUAUCGAAGAUGCACAGGAUUGUUCCGUAUCGUUUGUUACUUGGCCACCACCACCCACUACACCAACCCAGCCUCCAACAACCACACCCACAACGGAAGCUCCAACCACUCCUGACCACUGCGCGUCCAACCCUUGUGAGAAUGAUGCAACAUGUGAAACAAUCGACGACUCUUUCUCGUGUGAUUGUCAGCCCUACUUUGCUGGCAUAACAUGUUCCCUUAACUAUGAGACUGAAGUGGUCCAAAUGACCAUCGGUAUAACUUUAGUAGAGUACAAUGAAACAGUGCUCAUUCUUAUCAUCGUGGUAUCACUCAACGAAGAAUGUGCGUCAAACCCAGACAAACCAGAAUGCUCGACUGGUGAAAGUCUUGAAUCUAUCGUUAAACGUGCUGCAGUGGAAGGUCCUUUUAAAUUUGAAGACAUCAAAUUGCCUACGAAACCAAAGGAGGUCGAUGGCGGAAUCCAAGUGGAGUAUGCUGUUGUCAGAACUGCCGCGGAUGGCAAACCUGUGGUAGUGCCAAGUAAAUUCGUCGCUGAUGUGACAGAGACCAAAGCUGAUGAGAUUGGAAACGAACUUGGAGGAGAGGUAUUGUCAGUCAGGCAAAAACCUGUGGAAGUACCUACCAGUGCACCACAGACAGGAAAAUCAAGUGGAGGUUUAGUUGCUGGGAUAGUCGUAGCUUUGGUAUUUAUCGUCAUUAUUGCUGCCAUCGCUGUAUGGUAUUUCAGGGUAAGAAGGACUCAUUCCAUGAAUAUACCUUACGUGAAAGAGGACGACAAUCGGCAGCCGAAGAUUCAAACCACUGCCUUUGAAAAUCCGGGAUAUGAUAGUACUGCUGCUGCAGAGGACUAUGACGACGUGGCUCCAGUGAUCUUUGCCCCCUUCGAAGAACACACGGAAGCAGGCGGAGUCUCCAAUCCUAUUUAUGCUGAAAUAGGUAUGGGGAGCAUAAACGCAGAUGGCAGUGCUGUCGAGUCUAUCAGCAAGAAUGACAACCUCGCUGAGGCCGCAGGAGAGCUGCCCCAAAAAGUACCUUUAGGGGAGGGGCAACAGUUAAAGGCUGAUGAAGUGGAGAUUGUUGUCCAGAAGGAAAAAGAUACAACCGUGCGCAUAGAUACACCAGACCAGGAAGAGGCGCGUUACGUAUCGUUAGUCUCCGUAAAGAGCAAGGAACCAAAGAAUGACCAAACGGAGGUUACAGUUGAAAAGGAAGAGGGAGCUCGAUAUGAAACGCUUACCCAGCCGGACGCUGGCCAAACGGUGUUGGUACUGGAAGAUAAUAGUCCGUCCGCUGCAGAAUCACAAACGUAAGGCAAAACCCUAAACGCGGCGAGGUGGUAGCAUCAAAUGUCCUCGCACGAUAGAACUGAAAUAGUUUAAAAUAUGCCGUACUUAAAUUAGUUUUUUUUAAUGGUUCUGAAGCAAGCACCUGAACCCCAUUAGUUAAACUUGAAGGCGUAGUAUAAGAGGUAUUAAGCUUCUCUCUUAAGCUUCUCUUCCACUUGUGGAAGUUUGAACUUAGAUGCUAAACGUUGUAAUGCCUCUGAAGAGUUCUUACCUUCAACUUUUCAUGGCUAAAGUAAUUACGAAACUUUGACUGGCGAAAUGUAUUCUUCACUAAAUUUAAGCUUUUGUGUUCCCCACAUUGACUGACAGAUGUAGCCCGGUUUUCCUUGGGAAGCCCUCUUUAAUAGUGCGCCUUUGUAUUUAAAUUACUUAGUAUUAGCACUACCACUAUCACUACCACAACCAGUAACAGUACCACUACCACUACUGCUACCGACCGCCACAGCAUUGCUCUGCAGUUGCUAGUGCUGCCGCUGCUACUGCCACCUUAUUUUAACACUUAGAGUAACAUGUAAGGGGUAAAUUAAACAGGGACAAAAUGAUACUAAGAUGAAGCUGGCCUUCGCACACUGAGGAGCUUUGCACUUUCUUGGGUAUACAGAGAAAUUCAAAGCCGUGAGUCAACGUCGUGUAGCACUAACUGUUAGCGUUCGUUUUAACCUCCUCCCAUUUUGGGGAGUUUUUUUUUGAUACCUUAAAAAUGUGUAUGCAGUAUAUUUGUAGCCAUGUAAUAGAGCUAAAGAAAGGUGCUCUCCCACCUUUGGGAAUCUCAAUGGAAAAUGACUGGACAUUGUUGGAUCUUGGGAUUCAUGGCGGGGACUACGAAACGUGGAACAUUUUCCCUUGCUGACUUUUUUGAAUAAGAAGAAGCCCAGCAAUGCUAAGGCCUCCCUUCGUAAGGUCAGGCCCAUUCUUCACUUCGGGACCCCCGUUUGAGUAUCUCUGUAUCCAUCUCUGUUUAGCUAUUGAGUUCGUCGAAAGUAAUCAAAAGUUCUUACUAUAAAAAGAACGAAACAUAUAAACAAAAACAAAGAUAAGAAAGUGGGCACACAUUCUAAUUGGUACUUUUCUGGGAGAGGUUGUUUCAAAGCCACUGAAAGCUUCUGUGAAAUUAAACGCCAACCGAGGGUUUAUUUCUCGUGUUUGAAAGCGUUAAGCUCCAGUUAGAGCUUAGUAAAGCUAAAUAUGUCGCAGAAAUCUUUGUUUACAACUCGAAAGGGUUUAAAAACGUAGUUAAGUGCAAUUAGGAUGUCCCGCUGUCUUUAACUUAACUCACUGUUUUUUACGAUAUCUUUUAUCAGUUUACGUAGUGCUAAAAUGUAUUGUUUAGCGUUAGUACAAAAUUAGGAGUAGUUUCCUUUUUUAUAUUUUUUAUUAAAGUAAAUAUAAGUUUGGUAUUGAUAUUAACCGAAUGGAAUGAGAAAGGUGAGAUAAAAGAGCUGCAAGGCUGUCCAUGCGUCGUUCUCAUUCAAACAUUCACGUAUACCAGCAUAUAGCCGAGCUUAGCUUGAUAGUAGUUAAUAGAGGGAAUGGUUAUGAAACCUGACAGAGAUAUUUGAUGUAUGUUUUUGUAGGCUAUUUUAGGGGUUGACCCUGCACAAAACCUGGCAAAAUACAAAGGAUGGUUAUGUGAGCUCAAACAACUAACCAAUAGAGGCAUUGCGACUAUGUAAUUCAUGCACAGUCAGUGAACAUAAAACAAAAGAUGUGCAGUG